AUGACCGCUCGGAGCGCAGACCCCCCCCCCGUUAACCCUUUGCUGGCAGGCCCCCACCCCGAGCCGCGCUCGCCGGCCCGCCCCCCCUCCGGUGCCCCGCGACCCCGCUGUGCCGCCCGGGCCGGGGGUGGCGGCCGGGGCAGGAGCGGGGCCCGGGCACCUCCUUCUCUCGUGCCCCAGGACCGGGCCCCCCGCGCCCUGCCCCGUGCGGGGGGCGGCACCCGAGCGCCCCGGCCCGAGCUGGGGGACGGGGUGCGGGUCGGGGCGAGGGGGCCGCGGUGCUGCUGGCCCUGGGGGUGUCGGGUCCGGCCCUGGGGGUGUCGGGUCCGUGAUGCUGCCCGCUCCGGUUGGGUCUCGGGGUCCCCCCACGUGCAGUUCUGGGGGUCUCGGGGUCCCCCAAGCUGCCACCUGUCUUUGGGUUUCGGGGUCCCUCGGCUCCUGGCUCUGGGGAGGGCCCCCCAAGGCCCUGCACCCCCUACUUCCCCUCGGCCUCCUUCUCCCGGGCUCUUCUUCCGCUCAGCUCUGCGUCAACCUCCAGCCCAAGGACCUGGACCCCCUCGCAGGGGACCGAGCCCCCCGGGGACUCCAGGCCCCCGAGCUCGCCCGUGGCCAGGACGUUCAAGUCAUCCAUGUAGGCCGGGACCCUGGUCUCUUCCUUGCCUCCUCCAGGGAUCUGGACGCCGCGCAAGAGGAACCAGUCCAACGCCAGGAGAUCCGGGGGCAGGAGGUGAUGCAGGCCAUGCAGCUCCCGCCUCAGACCGAGUUUCCCACAAAGACCCCACAGCUGGCAUCGGGGCACGACCUCCCCACCCCAGAGACCCAGCUGGCAUCAAGGCUUCAGGGGCCUUUGCAGCCUGGAAGCCGAGGGGCCGCGGGAGGUUUUCAGCCUCCUGCAAGAGCUCGGCCAGCGCUGGCUGGAGCCGCAGCGCCGCAGCAAGGAGCAGAUGCUGGAGCUGGUGGUGCUGGAGCAGUUCCUGGCCCUCCUGCCCCAGGAGAUGCGGAGCUGGGAGUCAGGGCACGGUGUGGAGACCUGCAUCGAGGCCGUGGCCCUGGCUGAGGAGGAAGAUUGAAAAACCCCAGGUCUCGGUGACGGGGAGUGCUGCCAGGACAAAUGCCGGAGCCCCGGGCAGUUCCACCACCAGCAAAACCAUCCCAGAGUCCAAGGUGCAGAAGCGAGAGGGCAAGAAAGUGGGGGAGACAGAACGCAAACACCCAGCUUCGGGGCUCUCUCUCGCAAGACAGCAGCAACUACCUGCCAGAGAUGGCAAGGGAAGCUGAGCCCGGCUGCAAGUGGGGGGGCUCGGCACCUUGCUGCUCCAUGGGAGACCUGGGGAAUGUGGGUUCGGGCCUGCACCCAGGAUGCUGCCAAAAGACUUUGGAAGUAUCUGAAGCCCCCGGUGAGGAGUGGAAGAUGUUUGCCGGGUGUAGGGCCACUUAUGAGUCUGGACUGACUCAUGGAUUUGGACUCGAUUUGGCUGGGGACAGGAAACAUUUCCUUAAAAAGAAGUUUGUGCCACUUGGUCAGGAGAGGGCAGGAGCAAUCCCCACCCUUGGCUCUGGUCCCCACCCAGGCAGGCUCUCCAGCACCUGACAAUGGGCCAUUUGAUGAAUGGGCCAUUUGCGGGUGUGGAGACUCCCUGCUCCCCAUAGGAAGGCAUGAGGCAGAGUGAGUCUGAGUGUGGGCUAUUGGCAGGACAGGCCAGCAAAGCUUCACAGCCCCCUUGGAGCCCACAAGAAAGAUAAAACCCUUCCCUGUGUAAUGAUAGAUUGUGUGGCUGGGAUUUGACUCUGUGACAGGGGCUUCCUGGGGCCAAACUCCGUGGCCUGCCCGCCCGUCACCCUGACAGCAGGCCUACUCAGGGCUGAGCUCUUCGUGGCCCGCCCACCUGUCUCUGGGCAACCGCCCACUUAUCUUGCCCGCCACGCCUUUGAUGAUGUUUGAUUCAUAUCGAUGUCAAUUAAGCGGGAGGCUGCCCAUUGUAGUGCCCCGAUGCCAGGGGCGCUCUGCAGCUCCGACCUCCCCUAAUACCGCAGCCCAAGCCUCGCAGAUGGCAUCACGGUGUUAACACUAUCACUGGCCCCCAGAAUCAUCCUAACAGGACCCCUCUCUGAUCCUUCCUCUCAGGCGGCCACUCUGCCGUCAUCCGGGCUACCUGGCCCCCCCGAAGCCAUGUUCCCCUCUCGCGUGUGGUCCCCCCGGGACCUUCUGCCACUUGCCCCGGCCCACCUCCAUGCCAGUCGGGACGCCAGGCCCCUGGCUCUUGGGCGUCCCUCGCGGUGGGCCCCCGGCCCUUUGGACUACCAUAGUCCUGGCCCCAGCUUGGGCCAGUCGAGGGUACUCUCCCCCUCGGGCUGGGUCUCUCUAGCCGCUCACUCUGUCACUGGGCCUCACCGUGCCACUACUCCCUGUCCUCCCGGUGGCAACCGCAGCACCACGCCCACAUCACUCCCACUCUCGGGGUCCGCCCUCUGGGCCCCUCACAACACUGGCCCUCUGGGCCCCCCAACCAACGCACGGGUAACCCACCCAGUGGUGGUGGGAGCUAGGGGUUAAGGGGCCCUGACCCACCUUUCACCGGGGUGAUCACUGGCCAGGCAUUUCCUGGGGGCUCCCGCGCCACUGAGAGCCCCACCAGGCCACCCGCUCCUGGCAGGUGUCACUGCCGUGCACUGCAGUGAAGGGUACGAGACCUUUGAAGGCCAUCAGGCAGGUACUUAUGACGCUUGGAGUGGAAUUAGGCGCAGAUGCUUAUCGGUUGCAAAGCAAGAUUAUUUACUCACGCCGUUAAGGUGGUGAAAGACGGAGGUCAGAGAUAUUUGGUUAGUUACAGUUUAAGGUUCGAAGGGUCUGCAUGAAAGUCUUUCGUCGGGCAGAUAAAUGGAAAAAAAAUCGGGCCGGCAGGUCGGUGAUUUACGUCUUAAGAUUGGGUCGAGACGCAAGGGGGGCACUGGCAAGUGAUCAAGUUGUCAGUUACUCUGAUACGUGUGAUCAGAGGUCUCCAAGGUUCAUACGGAGGUCCCCCUUCUUCACGGAAGUGAAGAUGGGUUUUAUUUGUAUAUUAGCCAAUUGUUUUUCGCCACGUCAUAAAUUUAAUUAGCAUCGCCAAUUGUAUAGUGGUCUUCGCUAGGGUGUUAUCAUAGGAACGCUCCCGGACACUCCCCUGUCAUUCCGACCACUUACAAUGAUUUAUAUAAAGCAAAGAAGGCAAAAGUUUUUAUCUCUGUUAGUGGCG